CCUUUACGUCUGCUCCCAACCUGACAGUGUCCCUGUAUCCUCGCAACACUCCUUCCUACACGGUGAGCGGGAUAGUCUUCGCACGACGCGCCCUUCCAUCAAAGCUACCAAACGAGGGAAAUACGGCCAAGCCAUUUCUAUCGUCGUCCGUCAUUAGUGCACGGAUCGUGUGUUGUUAAUCAUCGGAUCCGUGUCGUGCCGACGAGAUGUGAUUUGCAGGAUCUAUGACGGGAAAAGAAAUUCUUAUGGAUUGGUGAAUACCAGACAAAUGGAGAGCAUUGCUUUUUCCUCUUCUUUUUGUUUUAUUUCCUUUGCCAGUAAGAAGGAGAGCAUGAUCGUGCGCCUAUUUCGUGCCAAAAUAUGUGAUAGGACAACUCCGUUCUAUUUUUCCUAUCGCUCUUUUUCGACAUGAACCAGUCUGGAUCGUCAGUGGGAGGCAAGCAGAGGGGCGAAGAGGAACGGUCGGUCUUUAAUCAUGCCCGCUCGUUGAAAAAAAGCGCUUCGAGAGAAGAUAGCUACAACGAGGGAGGUGGGUUGGGACAGAUAUACAAAAGGAAAUUCUGAACCUGUGCUUUCCAGCUUCCAGUCAGCGAAUGAAUUUCUCUCUGAACGGGAUGUAUCCCUUUCGUUCGUCGAUCAAUUUUUUUCUUACAUAAAGUCGAUUUGAAAGCGCUACCGAGAUCGCGACCGAGCCCUCCGAGCGUCGCUUCGAAGAAAGAAAGAGAGAGAGAUAGAUAGAUAGACAGACAGACAGAGAGAGAGAGAGAGAGAGAGAGAGAGAGGAUAGAAAUAGAAACAAUACUGAGCUAGAAAAAUAAUCCACGAUGAAUCACGACAGUGCGAGAACGAUCAGAGAGAACAGUUUGAGGAGACGGCUUCUGCCGAAUCGACAGACUUUCGAUAUCGUUAAGAACAACUCGAACAUUUAAAAUUCGAUUUUAACGUUGGACCGUCUCGUAAAAAACUCAACGAGGUUAAGAAGAAAAACGGGAAGAGAUUAAAUAUCGUCGACUCGUGGGAUUCGCUGGCAAAAUACGAGCUUAUGUGUUGGUGAUGUGUUGGUCGAGGAUAGUGCUUCAAGAACAAUGCGGUCUUCGCGAUAACGAGGAUCAAAUCGGAUCGUCGGAGAGAGAGAGUUGAAGAGGCUGAGGACUCCCUGGGAGGCUGAGAAAGACUCGAAUUCGAAAUAACGGAGACGACGACGGCGUUUUAUCCAACGUAGACAACAUGGGGAAUGGCAUGAACAAGGUGCUUCCCGGCCUUUACAUUGGUAAUUAUCAGGAUAGUAAGGACGCAGAUCAACUGGAAAGGUUCGAGAUAACUCAUAUCCUGGCGAUUCAUGACACGGCUCGUCGAUUACACUCUAAUAAGCAUUACCUAUGCAUCUUAGCCGCCGACAGGCCGGAUCAAAAUUUAUCGCAAUAUUUUUCUCUCUGUAACGAUUUUAUCCACGCUGCUCGUUUGCGCGGUGGCAAUGUUCUAAUACAUUGCCUGGCGGGCAUGUCGAGAAGUGUGACGGUCGCAGUCGCCUAUAUCAUGAGCACCACAAAUCUAUCCUGGAAAGAGGCACUUAAGGUCGUGAGGGUAGGUCGUUCCAUCGCCAACCCAAACGCUGGCUUUCAACAACAACUCGAGGACUUUGAAUCGAGCCGUCUUCAGGAGGAACGACGAAGAUUGAAGGAACGAUUCCCUAGUCUCGCUCUUGCAGAAUCCGACGCGGAAGCAUGUAGAGCCACCCUUAAAAAUUACGAGGCGUUGGUGCAAGCACGAGAAGUUUGCGAAGGCAAAUGUGCCAUGGGUCGUCCUUGUCCCACUGGUCUCUGCCGUCAACCGUCCAAGAGGACUCCCAGAAGACGAUCAUCUUCCAGUAGUUCCGGAAAUUUAACACCUGGUAGAACACCACCACAAACGCCAAGAAUGCUUCCAUCCGCACCACCCUCGCCAGCUCUACCUAGAUCAGCCAGCGUUAUGUCCGCUACUCGGCCAAGAAGCGGUCCUGCAGGUUUACAUUCCUACACCGGAUCUGCGCCUCCUUCCAGGGCCGUUUCGAGGGUGGAUCUGUCAGCCGCCGUAGCUUGCAGUAGUAGUAAUACAAAUUUGACUGCCGUUGGCAGAUCCAUCACACUUUCUGGUAGUAACUGGAGAUUAACAGCGGGAUCAGCACCGACCACACCAAGGCCGACACCUCCGGUAUCGCCUCAACGAUGGCCGAGACGACUUUCCAGGCAAACGCCACAAUUACCUGUACCAUCGGAAGCUCAUUCCUCGAUGACGUAGCAGCACAACAAGAUCACUCUUUUCAGUCUUCUGGAACGAAGCCGAGAAAUAUCCACGAGAGAAACGGUGCAGAUCUCUUCAACUUGUAUUCAAGACGCGUUGUCUUGAAUGUCUUCUCUUCCUUAACAAGUUUUUCACUCUAUCUAUCUCUCUGUCUGUCUCUUGCUCUCUCUCUCUCUCUCUCUCUCUCUCUCUCUCUCU